GCCACAGACAGCCAGGGUGGUGACUUCCGGCUUGCCGAAGAAAGUUGAGCUGGGGAGGUUUGCUGGCUCCUGAGUUUUGCAAAAUGGACAGCCAGGGAAGGAAAGUGGUGGUUUGUGACAAUGGAACCGGGUUUGUGAAGUGUGGCUAUGCAGGCUCCAACUUCCCCGAGCACAUCUUCCCUGCCUUGGUGGGCAGGCCCAUCAUCCGCUCCACAGCCAAAGUGGGCAACAUUGAGAUUAAGGACCUGAUGGUGGGCGACGAGGCCAGCGAGCUGCGCUCCAUGCUGGAGGUCAACUACCCCAUGGAGAACGGUAUCGUCAGGAACUGGGACGACAUGAAGCACCUGUGGGACUACACCUUUGGCCCUGAGAAGCUCAACAUCGACUCCAGGAACUGCAAGAUCCUGCUCACCGAGCCGCCCAUGAACCCCACCAAAAACCGCGAGAAGAUCAUUGAGGUGAUGUUUGAGACGUAUCAGUUCUCAGGGGUCUACAUCGCUAUCCAGGCUGUGCUGACGCUAUAUGCUCAAGGCCUGCUGACAGGUGUUGUGGUGGACUCUGGGGACGGUGUGACACACAUCUGUCCGGUGUACGAGGGUUUCAGCUUGCCCCAUCUGACACGACGCCUGGACAUCGCUGGGAGGGACAUAACCCGCUACCUUAUUAAGCUGUUGUUGCUGAGGGGCUAUGCGUUCAACCACUCUGCAGACUUUGAGACGGUGCGCAUGAUGAAGGAGAAGCUGUGCUACGUGGGCUACAACAUCGAACAGGAGCAGAAACUGGCUCUGGAGACCACCGUGCUGGUUGAGUCCUACCAGCUCCCAGACGGCAGGUUGAUCAAGGUGGGAGGGGAGCGGUUCGAGGCUCCAGAGGCGUUGUUCCAGCCACAUCUCAUCAACGUAGAGGGAGUAGGGGUGGCAGAGCUGCUCUUUAACACUAUCCAUGCAGCAGACAUCGACACCAGGUCUGAGUUCUAUAAACACAUAGUGUUGUCGGGUGGUUCCACCAUGUAUCCAGGCCUUCCAUCUCGACUAGAGAGAGAGCUCAAGCAGCUCUACCUGGAACGCGUGCUCAAAGGCGACGUGGACAAACUCUCGAAAUUUAAGAUCCGCAUCGAGGACCCUCCGCGGCGUAAACACAUGGUGUUCCUGGGAGGGCGCCGUGCUGGCGGACAUCAUGAAGGACAAAGAUAACUUCUGGCUGACCAGGGAGGAGUACCAGGAGAAAGGUGUCCGGGUGCUGGAGAAACUAGGGGUCACCGUCAGAUAAAGGCCCCCAUAAUGUUAGUUAGACGACCCCCCCCACCCCACACACACACAAUCAAACAUACAUAUAUAUACACACAAACAC